GACCCUGGCUGCCGCCAGCGCCAGUCCCCAUGGAUUGGAAAACGCUGCAGGCGCUGCUCAGCGGGGUCAACAAGUACUCCACGGCCUUCGGCCGCAUCUGGCUCUCCGUGGUCUUCGUCUUCCGCGUGCUGGUCUACGUGGUGGCGGCCGAGCGCGUCUGGGGGGACGAGCAGAAGGACUUUGACUGCAACACGCGGCAGCCCGGCUGCACCAACGUCUGCUAUGACCACUUCUUCCCCAUCUCCCACAUCCGCCUGUGGGCCCUGCAGCUCAUCUUCGUCACUUGUCCCUCCCUGCUGGUCAUCAUGCACGUGGCCUACCGGGAGGACCGGGAGAAGAAGAACCGGGAGAAGAAUGGGGAGAACUGCCCCAAGCUUUACAGCAACACGGGCAAGAAGCAUGGCGGGCUGUGGUGGACCUACCUGCUGAGCCUCUUCUUCAAGCUGGUCAUAGAGAUCCUCUUCCUCUACCUCCUGCACAAGAUGUGGGACAGCUUCGACCUGCCGCGGCUGGUCAAGUGCUCCAAGCUGGAGCCCUGCCCCAAUACCGUGGACUGCUACAUCGCUCGGCCCACAGAGAAGAGAGUCUUCACCUAUUUCAUGGUCGGGGCCUCCUCCAUCUGCAUCGUCCUCACCGUCUGUGAGAUCUUCUACCUCAUCUUCAAGCGGGUCGUGCAGAGGGUGAAAAAGUGGAAGAAGGCCACCAAGCGCUCCGUCAGCUACAGCAAGGCCUCCACCUGCCAGUGCCACCUCAAGAUGGAGGAGAAGGAAAACAAGGCCCAGAAUAGAGGAGAGGAGCUCUGAUCUCCCCUGCCCCAGCCAGCUCGCCUUCCCUUGGACCAUGAGUUUUUCAAGCCUACACAUUUCCCAAACCCUGGAGAUUUGACCCUUUUUGAAAAAUGACUGACCCCAAGAAGGUUCCCCAAGAGAGGACCAUGGGGUGCCGAGAAGAUGCAGGUAAGGUGAGGGCAGCCCCUGAGCUCUGCUGGCUGCACACGGCGGUGCUUCAGGGCUCGGACACCACGCUGACACAUGGACACAGGUCAUGAGCUCCAAAAAACAGCCCCCAAGCUGUCCCCAGUGGGGACAAAGCCUUUGCACUGGGAGGACACAGGAGACUGGGGCCAGCAGCGGGGAGCAGCCAGGAGCUCCCAUGUCCAAGAGCUUCUCUCGGGUCCUGUGGUGACAGUCCUGGCUUGCUGUGCCUCGCAUACACACAAUCCCAAGAGCUGUUCCAUCCAUCCUCCUUUUUUUUUGUACCAAGAAACCAAGAAAACCCUGGGCUCAGCUCCACGGCCAGAGCCUGCAUCCUCCAGCAGCAGUAGGGCUGCCCUCGCUCGCUGCCUCCUUCGUGCUGCCAGCGUGAAGCUGCGAGCCUUGCUGUGAGCUCUCGGCGCACCCGAAGAAAUCCCCGACGGGCAGGGCUCCGGGCUGCUGCCAACUGCUCAUUCGGCCCCGUUUGCCUUUACCGGGGCAGGAGCAGCUUCCCUCUGUCUGCUCAUGCAAGAGCCCUGCUGACGUCCUGCCCAAGUGGCUUUUCUGGCUCUGCUGCUUCCCUCGGUGCCUUUGUACCCAGCCCUCGGCUCAAUAGAUGUGUCAUUCACGGCAUUAGCUGUGUGAAUCCAACGCUGUUUGUGGACAUUGGGAUCUGCUCUGCGUGCUGGAGGUUGCAGGGGGGGGAGAGGUGAGGGCUGAAGAAAUGGAUUUGCAGAGGUUCCCCACGGCCAGGGCUGGUGGCCUGGUGGCCGCCUGCUCCCCCAGCUCCUCUUGUCACACCUCGUUACACUCAAAUUCACCAGAACUGCAUGCCGGCCCCCAAGGAAAUCAAGGAGGGAUCAGCAUCAAUUAUUUACUAAACCUCGAUAAAUAUUAAAAUAAAUAGCAAUGAUUUCCGCUUAA